CCUGUACUAACUUCCUGCCUACAGGCUCACAGGCCUUGAAGCUGCUUUAAGAAGUUUCAGAUACGUUCUGUAUAAGAAGAUAUACUGUAUAAGAAAAGAGAGAAGAGCAGAGUGUGUUUGACAAGAUGGCGAGUGGACAGAUGUCGAGGGCGGAGGCUUUGUCUUGCUCUGGUUGUAGACAUGCAUGCCAUGUGAUGCUGUACUCUGACACCAAAUCUCAGCUGUUUGGGAGGAUUCCCUUCAAGCAUAUCAUUCUGAUGCAGAUGCGCUUUGAUGGUCUGUUGGGUUUCCCUGGUGGGCUAGUUGAUCUCUCAAAGGAGACGUUGGAGGUGGGGCUGAGCAGGGAGUUGUUGGAAGAGGUUGGUGUCGAGCUUCCGAUAUCAAUAGAAGAUCAUGUGGCCUCUUGCUAUGCUCCUACUUCCUCCCCCUCCAUCUCUCGACUUGUCCUUCACUUCUAUGUGAAGAAGAUGGAGGAGGAGGAGAUUAAGGAAGUGGAGAGAGCAGCCGUUUCCACAGCAACAGAUCACGGGCACGAGGUUCUGGGGAUGGUCAGAGUCCCACUGUACAUCCUGAAAAGAGGAGGAGGCCUCCCGUUUUUCCUAUCUCACGCGUUCAUCGGAAAUGCUCGCUCUCAACUGAUUGAUUCCCUGGUGCGCUUCAAACUGGUCAGCCCUGAGUUGUUACACAGAGCCCUCAAACACUCGCACACCUCAGAGGAUCCGCAGGCUGCCUCCGCAUGGCCUGAUGCAAAGACAAAGCAGCAUUAAUGCACACCUUUUCACGUCCAUUUUUCUUUUCUGUCAACAAGAACUUGUGUGUGUGGACAUUGUUGUUUUGCUUUCUGAGGGUAGCGGCCUACUUCAUCUAACAGAUUAUUGAAAACGAUCCAGUGCCUUUGUGUCGAUGCUUAAAUGGGAGGUGGGAGCAGUCAACAAAUGUAGCUUUCAGACAAAUCGACAGCUGCACUGUCUGUCUGUUGACUGUCCAGGCAGGCUGGAGCUUCAGUAGACCAGCCGUUUCUCCAUUUCUAAUGACAUGACUGUGUUGAACGUUACUCACAUUCACCCGCACAUAGACGCAAACAAGGUGACAUUAAAAAUGAAAAAUUGAUCACAAUCAUAAAUGUGGUUGAUUUGAAAACAGAGUUGCUCUCAUUCUUAGUUUCUUACCUGCAUCCCAUUGAAGUACAGGCUGUUCCCGCCUCCCAAUGCAGGCCAUCAGGGGUGCUCCUGACCUGGUCAAAAGGUGCAUGAACAAGCUCACAUGAUGAAGUAUACUGUUGUCUUAUAUCUUGGCGGUACGGUGGCUUAAUGGUAAGCACGGUUACCUCACAACAAGAAGAUUGUGGGAUCGCUUCCCAACUGGUCCUUUCUAUGUGAAUUUUGCAUGUUUUCCCCGUGUCUGUGUGGGUUUCUUCCGGGCACUCCAGUUUCUUCCAACAAUCAAAACAUGCUUAUUUAGGGUCUGCUCCUUUCUCUGUCCCUGACCAAGGCAGCAUCUCUUCAUUUGGAGUUGGUCCCCAGGCGCUGCACUGUAGCAAUCUGCUUAGUCCCAUUAGCCACGCCUUGAACUGAGGCACAAUGUCCAAUUUCCAGAGUCUUAAAGUCAGUCUCUUAGUGAUUUCCAUUCCAUACAUGAUAGUGCUCUGCACCAAGAGACUGUGAUUUUCUAGUGACAAAGAACAUCCAAACAAUGCUAUCUCUGGGUCAGGACUAAACACACACUUUAAUAUUUCACACCAGAAAUUAUGCAGUUUUGGGCAGGUCCAAAAAAUGUGGGCUAGAGAGCCCUCAGCAGCUGUGCACUGAUCACACAAGGGAAAAAUUGUAGGAUAAAUUCAAUUUAACUUUUGAGUGAUGUAGCCUGUGCAUCACCUUAAGUUUAACUGAUGUCUGGCAUUAAUGGAACAGUAGCGAAUUCUGCUGAGCCUCUCCUUCCAAACAAUAUUCUCAUCAAUCUGCAGUCCCAGCUCCUUCUCCCAGGCCGCUUUCAAAGAUUGCUUAUUAAAUUUAACGUGUUCAUAAAAUAUUUUGACAAAGUUUUAAACCAAACCGUUAGAGUCAGGCGGCCCUAUUGGGAGUGAGUAAACCCUUUUCCCCUUAGGGCAUAUUUAAAGAAGUGUGUUGAUGGGUGGUAGAACUUGUCUUUAACUGGGCAAAGGAGGCAAAUUUUUCAUUAUUGUACAGAUAUUUAAAAGUGGCUAUGCCUUUGCAGCUGUCAAAAGCUGCAUCCAAAAAUGAUGGAAGAAACACUGGAGUAUGAAUAGAGGUAGCUGACAACUUACAAUACUUCUUAAUUUGUAACCAGAUUUUGAGACGGUUUGAAAUUAUCUGAUUGUUCACCGUUGUGCCUGCAGGCAGGCUGGGUGUUGAGAAAAGGUGUGCUGGCAGUGAACUAUUUAUGGUAUCUUUCUUUUCAAUUGUGACCCAAGCAGGAGUAUCCACUGAAACUCCCAAGUUGUAGACUUCCUGCCAAUAAACAAGAGCCUUUCAAUUUUCAGCCCAGUCAUAAUGUUGGAAGCAAGGUAGCACUGAUCUUACCAUCUCUUUUGGUUUGUACAACCCCUGGCAAAAAUUAUGGAAUCACCGGCCUGUAGAAAAAAAGCAGAUCACAGACAUGACACAAAACUAAAGUCA